AUGGUAUCCUCGACUCCUUACACUUUUGAAUCUUCUCGUCUUUCUUCCUACAGACAAAAUGUCAGGUUGGCCAUUCGAGCAACGUUUAAAUGCUGUCGACAUUUUCCAGCGUGCUUUAACACUUCCUCUAGUACCAGUCCCGAGGCCGAAAUCCUCAUCAAGUUCAAGAGCUCUCUUUCGAACAACACCGCCUUAGACAAUUGGGACACGUCGAUCAACAUCUGCAACGACGAUCCCAAAACGAAAGGUAAAUUCUGGACUGGUGUGACUUGCAAAGAUGGAACUUUGUUUGGGUUACGGCUCGAGAAUUUGAGCUUAGGUGGUGUUAUCGACAUAGACACGCUCGUGAACUUGCCAUCUCUAAGGAGCAUGAGCUUCAUGAACAAUAGCUUUCAUGGUACAAUGCCAAAGGUUAAGAAACUGGGCGCAUUAAGAGCUUUGUAUCUUGCAUACAACAAGUUCUCUGGUACAAUACCUGAAGACGCUUUUGAAAACAUGAGGUCCUUGAAAACGGUGCGUUUAGAAGAGAAUGAGUUUAAAGGACAAAUUCCAGGUUCCCUUUCUAGUUUGCCAGCCUUGGUGGAAUUGAGCCUUGAAGGGAAUCGAUUUGAAGGCAAAAUCCCUGAUUUUAUUCCGAGGGAUUGGAAGUUGUUCGAUUUGUCCAAUAACCUAUUAGAGGGUCCAAUACCUUCUGGCUUAGCCAAAAUCGAUUCCAAUGCAUUUGCAGGGAACAAAGAUUUAUGUGGACAGCCUCUGAGCCGAUGUAAGUCUCCAAAGAAGUGGUACAUCCUCACCGGAGUCACUGUCGGAAUCGUCUUGGUAGCCGUCAUUGUCUUGUACCACCGCUACCGCCGCCGGAGGGCUCUGUUAUCGGCGGCAGAACAAGCCCAAAACUCAAAAGCCCACGAUCAAUUGGGCCUAGAAAAGGCCCAAUAUCAGGAGCCGACAGAAGAAAAUACGAAGCUGCAGUUCGUGAGGGCCGAUAAGCCCUUCUUUGACUUGGAGGAGCUGUUGAGAGCCCCGGCGGAAGUUCUGGGCGGCGGCAGCUUUGGGUCGUCAUAUAAGGCCCUACUUUCAAAUGGGCCUCCAGUGGUUGUAAAGAGGCUUCGGCCCAUGAGAUGCGUUGGGUUCGAAGAGUUUCACGACCACAUGAAAAGGUUGGGGAUAAUUUCACAUCCCAAUUUGCUUCCGCCUGUGGCCUUCUAUUAUAGAAAUGAAGAUAAGCUUUUGAUUUCUGAGUUCAUGGGGAAUGGCAACUUGGCUGAUCAUCUUCAUGGUCAUGCUCAGCGUACGCCUGAAAAUAUUGGGCUAGACUGGCCCACACGGCUACGGAUCAUCAAAGGAGUGGGCCGGGGCCUGGCCCAUUUACACAGCGAGUUGCCGAGCCUGAGCCUACCACACGGCCACUUAAAAUCCUCCAACAUUCUUCUCAACAGCAAUUACGAGCCUCUAUUAACCGACUUCGGCCUCGACCCUUUGGUGUGCCAGGAUCAAGCACAGCAAUACAUGGCGGCGUACAAGUCUCCGGAGUUCAACCGGCACCGUCGGGUAUCCCGAAAGACCGACGUGUGGAGUCUCGGAAUCCUGAUCCUCGAGCUUCUGACCGGGAAGUUCCCGGCGAACUAUCUCCGGCACGGCGGAGGCGCAGCCAACGGCGACCUGGCGGCGUGGGUGAAGUUGGCUGUGCGGGAGGAGUGGACGGCGGAGGUUUUCGACGGCUACAUGAUGAAGGGGACGAAGAGCGAAGACGGGGAAAUGGUGCGGCUGUUGCGGAUCGGAAUGAUUUGCAGCGAAGAGGAUGAGGAUCGACGGUGGGGAUUGAAGGAGGCGGUGGAGAAGAUCGAGGAAUUGAAGGAGACGGAAAUUAAUACCGACGAUGAGUUCUAUUCGUCUUAUGGCAGUGAAGUGGAAGCGCGAUCAGUCGAAAGGGAAUGAGUUUUUCCUUUAUAUUUUAUUUUCGAUUUAUAUUU